AUGGGCAACCGUGUCGGAAAACUCGGCCGCUGCUUCGCCGGAGAUGUUUCGGGUAGGCACCGUGAUGUUUAUAUCCACCCUACCCAACCGCUAGAUGUGGACUUGGGCCAUUCCUUCUGUUACAUCAAACCAGGCUCAUCAAAUGUCUAUUCAGACCAAUUAUCUCUGGUGCAGUUUCAAACAAUCUCUGGCGCUUGCAUUAGCGCCAACUCAUACACACCUCUCACCACAACACUGAGUGAUCCAUUCUCAUGCACGAGCACUGCUAUUUUUGAUAAAGCCUCUUCCUUCGAAAGCUCUCGGUCAUUUGCAUCUAUUCCUCUGCAGCCUGUUUUCAAUAAUUCCAGUGCUGUUCUGGGUUCUGGGCCUAUUGAAAGAGGAUUCUUAUCUGGCUCCAUUGAGCGGAAUUUUUCAGAGAGGAACCAGGCCAGUACUGAUCACUUAACCAGGUCUAAGCCCAAGUGCAUCAUGAAGAGUUUGAAAAAAGCUAUGUCAAAAUCCAGUAUAUUGUCUGGGGGGAAAAGGGUGAUUUCCUGUUCUGGUAUUGGGAGUACCAGUAGUGAUUUUUCGGGAAAUGAAGUAACUGUGGUUGAUGAUGAGGAGGGUGCUGAUGGUUUUCAGGAUCAAAAGGUUGAAUGGGCUCAUGGGAAAGCAGGCGAAGAUCGUGUGCACGUGGUUGUAUCUGAAGAAAAUGGAUGGGUUUUUGUUGGGAUUUAUGAUGGAUUUAAUGGGCCUGAUGCUACUGAGUUUCUGCUUGGUAAUCUUUAUUCUAAUGUCUAUAAGGAGCUCAAAGGGUUAUUAUGGAAUGAGAAAUCUGAAAGUACUGCUGAAGGUGCAUGUAUCAAUUCCAAUAAAGCCUCAUCAGGUUUUGCUAAAUAUGGUUCGAAAAGUGUAAAGCACUCAGAUGUGCUAAAAGCACUUUCGCAGGCCCUGAGGAAAACAGAAGAGUCGUUUCUUGAGAUAACUGAUAUGAUGGUUAAGGAUAAUCCAGAGGUAGCUUUGAUGGGUUCUUGUGUUUUGGUGAUGCUAAUGAAAGGCGAUGAUGUUUACUUGAUGAAUGUUGGGGAUAGCAGAGCCGUUUUAGGCCAAAAGCUUCAUUUGGAACGGAUUGACGAGAAGAAAUCUACUGAUCUUGAGAUUUUCAAAUUUGAUGCAUUCAGUAGUGUUUCAAGCUUGGCUGCUUUACAGUUAACCUUUGAUCAUUGCACAUCAGUGCAAGAGGAAGUUAAGAGGAUCAAAAGAGAGCACCGGGAUGACUCUUCAGCCAUAGUCAAGAAUCGGGUGAAAGGUUCUCUCAACGUUACUCGAGCAUUUGGAGCUGGUUUUCUCAAACAGCCUAAAUGGAACAAUGCACUACUGGAAAUGUUUAGAAUCGAUUAUGUAGGGAAUUCUCCUUACCUAAGCUGCUCACCAUCGCUUCGUUACCAUAAACUUGGUCCGAAGGACAGAUUCCUGAUUUUAUCUUCAGACGGGCUUUACCAGUACUUCACGAAUGAACAAGCUGUUGCACAAGUUGAAGUGUUCAUGUCCUUGUUUCCUGAGGGAGACCCUGCACAGCAUCUGGUUGAGGAAGUACUAAUUCGAGCUGCUAAAAAAGCUGGAUUAAGGUUCAAUGAGUUGCUUAAUAUUCUACAAGAAGACAGAAGAAAGUAUCAUGAUGAUGUUUCGGUUAUUGUCAUUUCAUUUGAAGGAAGGAUUUGGCGUUCAGCAGUUUGAGAGGAGAUAUACAUCUGCCUAGCAGGAGAUACAGAAUUAGUUAAAGAGAGUCCAUAAAUAAAUGGCUACAUAGCUAGACAUUGAUUUGAACUGCAAUUGUGAAGAUAAUUACUCCAAAUAGUUUAUUUUAAUAAUGUUCAA